CCUUCCUGUUUUAGAAAUUUCAAGGAAGUAGGAACAACAGGACAGUCGCAAAAUACAAACAUGGAUUCGACCAAGUGGCCUGUGUGAGGUGGGGGGUGACCCAUGCUCUCUCAUCUUUGUGCUGCUGCUUCAGCCUUACUGUGGAUCACCAUGGCCCAGGUGGCUGGCCAGGAGGACAGGGAGAAAACAACUGCACUCAAAGAUUUGUUGUCAAGAAUUGACUUAGAUGAAUUAAUGAAGAAAGAUGAACCUCCAUUCAUUUUCCCCAAAACGCUGGAGGAGUUUGAAUAUGCCUUCAAUGAACAUGGCCAGCUGCGACAUAUAAAAACAGGGGAACCCUUUGUAUUCAAUGCCAGAGAAGAUCUGCACCGCUGGAAUCAGAAACGCUACGAAGCUCUUGGCGAGAUCAUCACUGAAUAUGUUUAUGAGCUGUUGGAGAGAGACUGUAACUUGACUAAAGCAAUCCUGCCAGUGGAUGCUACAGAAGAUGAACCUACCAGUUUUAUCUACCUGAGCCCAGAUGCCUUGUCAAACCCGUCCAAGCUGCUGGUGCUGAUCCAGGGGAGUGGUGUGGUGCGAGCCGGUCAGUGGGCUCGUAGACUAAUCAUCAACCAGGACCUGGACUCAGGGACUCAGAUCCCCUUUAUUAAGAGAGCCACAAAGGAGGGCUACGGUGUGAUGGUGCUCAACCCCAACCUGAACUACUUGGAAGUGGAAAAGCCAGCAAAGUCAUCACCCAUUCACUCCCCCGCUGAAGCCUCAGACGAACCAGCUGAAAAGAGGGAGCGCAAAGAUGAACAAGAGGGCAAAAAGAAGAGAGAAUUUUACGAGAAAUACCGUAACCCACAGAAAGAGACUGACACCGAACGCAUACCUAUACGGGAAAAUGGUUCCUCUGAAGAACACAUGCUCUACGUGUGGGACCACUUUGUGUCCAAAGCUGCUGCCAAGAAUGUCUUUAUCAUAGCCCACAGUUAUGGAGGUCUGUCUUUUGUAGAGUUGAUGAAUCAAAGGGAGCUGCAAGUGAAGAACAGAGUGUGUGCUGUGGCUCUCACUGACUCGUCACACAACAUCUGGCUACAGGAUACCAGCAAAGGGACACAAGACUGGAUGUUUCAGUAUUGUUGCAACUGGGUGUCCAGUCCUGAGCCCUUGGACACACAGCUUGACUCCAUGCUGUUAGACUGCCCCAGAGUUUCUGCAGGCACAGAGAGGCACGAGCUGACUUCCUGGAUGAGUUUUGAAUCCAUCUUCAGGUUCUUCACUGAGGCCCUGAAGGCAAAAGAAGAAGAGGAGGCGGAGGAGAAUGCCAAAACUGUCACCACACGCAGCAGCUCCUUCAGAAACAAACACCAAGAUUUGUAGAGAAGCCGUCAGCCCUGACAACGAGCAGAAGAUUUUUUUUUUUUUUUGAGAGGCGGGAUUAGAAGUGGGAGUGCAGGACGUGUCCUCUCUACUUUAUUUUCUUUCUUUCUCCCUCUUUCUUUGUAAUGU